AAGUGACAGAGUUAGUUCGUCAUGUCUGAUGUGCAAAACCCCGGAGGAACACCAAAAGUUGCCCGCGUUACGUUUCAUGACGUCACGGAAUCCGACGACAGCGCCACCGAGCGGCAGGAGCCUCGUCCGAUGCCACAAGGGAUCUUGAGGAGGCCAUCCAAUUUUCCAUUUUCUUUAAAAAUGCCAUUUCAAAGUCUACACGAAGAUAACCAGAGUAAUCACGACAGCGACUCGAUCCAUUCACUUGGAGAAAGUGAAAUUAAUCGCAGAAGGCCGUCACUGGCAGUACAGAUAAUAACGGCCCCUGUGAGGUGGGUACCUAACCACCACAAUCACCAUCAGGAAUACCGCAAACGUAAAAUGAGCCUCCACGGGAAGCCAAUCUACUUUACUGUUCCAUCAAAACGAAAGUCAAGGAUGCUACAAAUGAGAAUAGAGGCGUAUAACUUCCUGGAGAGGCCAAAUUUUAAACCUUACUCAAUCUUCUAUCACACUUUCACGUUCCUUCUUGUGUUUGGGUGCUUGGUCCUAUCAGUUCUAUCUACAAUACCAAAUCAUAUGGAAAAAGCGAAUAAAAUACUAUUUAUUGUGGAGGUCCUGAUUCUUAUUCUUUUUGGGUUGGAACUUGGCGUAAGGAUUUGGAGCGCCGGUUGUAGAUGUCGCUACCAGGGGUUUCUUGGAAGAAUGAGAUUUUGCAAGAAACCGUUAUGUGUUAUCGAUAUUAUCGUUGUGAUGUCUUCUUUUGUUGUUCUUUGUAUCGGGUCGAACGGUCACAUGUUCGCUGCCACGGCGAUGAGAAGUCUACGAUUCCUACAGAUCCUGAGAAUGGUUAGAAUGGACAGAAGAGGAGGAUCAUGGAAGUUGUUAUCUUCUGUUGUUAGAGCUCACAGUAAAGAGUUGAUCACAGCAUGGUAUAUUGGCUUCCUUGCCCUCAUAUUUGCUUCGUUUCUUGUCUAUCAAGCAGAAAAAGAUGAAAACAGCAAAGAAUUUGAAACUUUUGCCGAUGCCUUAUGGUGGGGAUUGAUAACCCUGACAACCAUCGGGUACGGAGAAAAGGUUCCGAUCACAUGGCUGGGUCGUCUAAUAGCAAGUGUAUUUGCAAUUCUUGGAAUUUCAUUUUUUGCUCUACCAGCCGGAAUUCUGGGUUCAGGAUUUGCUUUAAAAGUUCAGGAACAAAACCGUCAGAAGCAUUUCGCUCGCAGGAGAAUGCCGGCCGCCUAUUUAUUACAGUGUAUGUGGCGAUGUUAUGCUGCGGAUAAAAAUUCGCGCUCCGUUGCAACAUGGAAGCCUCAUCUGCGACCCCAAAACACAGGAAAGAAAAGCAUUAGAGAUAAACUAAAGUCGAACCCGAGCCCAAGGUUAUCUCGAAGACAGACUUUUAAAAGCAGAAGAGGGGGUUCAUCCAAAACCACAGUGGUUUCCCCUCCAGGGGUGGGUUCUGAACCCAUUACCCCUAUGUUACCUGGAUAUUCAACAUCAAGAAAUGAGAUUGUGAAGUCACAAAGCCUAGCGGAACGUCUAACUGACCGCAUUUCACGUCAGAAUUCUAUUCGUGUGCCUUGGAGAGAAAAAGUGACUGGUGCAGAUUCAGAUGACUCUACAUCAAGCAUCACCAAUCUGGUUGAAACCGGAUUAACUGAAUUGACUGAACAACACAAAGUUGCUAUUCGCGCCAUAAGAAUGAUGAAGUUUUUCGUAGCAAGACGAAAAUUUAAGGAAGCACUUCGACCCUAUGAUGUUAAAGAUGUGAUCGAACAAUAUUCUGCUGGUCACGUGGAUAUGUUGUCCAGGAUUAAACUUCUGCAAAACCGAGUUGAUUGUAUUCUUGGCAUUGGGACCGAUGGUGGAGCAGUGGGAAAUACCCGUGGCACUAGAACGGGUGAAGGCCACCGUGGUAACUUCCCCAAAUCACCCCCAAGUAUAAACUCAAGGUUGCAUAGCGUGGAAAUUGACGUGAAGAAAGUUGAUCAAAAGUUGGACCAAGUCAUACAGUUGUUAACGUCGGACAAGAAAAAUGGCAAAGUUCGCAGGAAGGCAACGGUGUUUACUCAACCAGAAAUUGAUCUUGAAGACAAUGCAAAGAAUAUAAAAGACCAUAGAAAUGGGAAAUCUAGCGCUCCCAAGUGGCCAGCUAACACACAUAAUAAAGCACUCAAAGCGACAAUGAAACCUGCCAGAUCUUGGGGGAUUCUACCCAUGAAUGAUUCACCCGACAAUGAAGCUUGUGAUGAAACAAAGGAAUCCAUUGUUACAAGUGAAGAACCUCCAGUUGCAACAUCUUUGUUAAAAGAAGAAAAUAAAAUACUAAGUGAAAAAGGAAAAAGGGAGAGCACUUCAAGCUUUUCAAAUGAACCAAAAAAGAUAAAAACUUCAGAUGAAAACACUCUUGAAACUGAGGAAAAAGAUAAUAAAAAUACAAACAGUAAUGUAGAGGGUUUGAAGAAAGAGAAAAAAUCACCUUCCGAUUGCGAUUCGUUUACGGAUAAUUCUGAUUGUUUGGAGCAUGUUGAAAAAAGGGAAACGGGGAACACACCAGCGGAUGGCUAUGUGUCACCGGAAUCUAUAAAACUGUUAAAAAAAAAACAUUUUUCGAAAAAUUUGUUGAAUUUACGUCGGAAAAUUGGAUUGUCAAAAAAGGAUCGCAGACGGUCGGUGGAUGGGGUGGCGAAGUUCUCAACUAAUCCAAGACUGCUUUGUGAUGCACUUGAUCGCAGGUCUUGGUCAUGUGACGCAGGCGACGAAGAAUCAAAAUCCCUCGUUUUAUUUCCUGAAAUAGAGUCACCUGAUUGGCUUAAAUUUGGAAUCAAGGAUGAAUCUUCGACCAUUGUGGUCGAUGAGCUGCCUGUCAAAAAUGGGGAGUUGUGUUUCUGGGAACCGCUUACUGGUAGUGGGGUAGAUAAAGUUGAGAAAAAUAACCACAUAACUACAAACAAUGGAAAUCUACUGAAAGAUGGUCCUAAUGGUUUUACAAAGCCACACAACUUUGCAGAAAAUUAUCCUUAAGAUUUUAAAUCUAAAACAGCUCUUUUGGAAAGUUUAUUUUGCAUACUGACAUCAAAUAGAGCUGUUUAAAUUCGUGAUACCAACAGAAAAAUAAACCCGCUUAUUCAAAGGGUUUAUUUGUUUUUGCAUCAAAAAUUCAUUGUUUUACAAAGUAGUUUUGUAUACAAAUAGUUUCAACGGCAAGUUCAAUGCUUUAUUAUUACUGAACUUCCUUAUAAAGGGUUUGAACCUGAAACCCUACUGUUACUUGUCACUGUGCAGUGUUUAAUGUUAUACACUUGUUCUUCUUUGCACUUUUUAACUGUCGUUGUUUUAACCAAUUCGUAUUUUUUGAAUAAAAUAAGAAAUUUUA